CCUCCCUUCUCAGCUUCCCGCUUCCUCCCGUUGUCUACUCUCCGCCCUGCUCCCGACGCCACAUGACGCGGCGCGGCCAUGGGAUGCACCCUCGGUAAGCUCGCCGCCUCGCCGGGCUGCUGCUCCCUCUUCUUCCCCUCCGUCACCAUCGCCGCGCCUGCCCUUGCCGGAGGAGUCGGAGGAGCUGACGAGGUGCAGCUCAACGCGCCGCCCCCGGAGCACAUCGCGGCGGUGAAGAAGGAUGCGACCGGGUGGCCGCUAUGGCUGUCCUCUGCCGCCGGCGACGCACUCCAGGGCUGGGCGCCCCGCUCCGCCGACGCCUUCCACAAGCUCGAGAAGAUUGGUUCGGGGACUUACAGCAACGUGUACAAGGCGAUCGAGGUGGAGAGCGGCGCUGUGGUGGCACUGAAGAAGGUACGGGUGGAUGGCGUGGGUGAGGCCGAGAGUGCGCGGUUCAUGGUGCGGGAGAUCGCCCUGCUCCGCCACCUCGGUGCCCACGACAAUGUCGUCCGCCUCCACGGCCUCGUCACGUCCCGUCUUGCCACCGCGCCAUCACUCUACCUUGUCUUCGAAUACAUGGACCAUGACCUCACCGGACUCGCAGCAGCAGCUGCUGCCUCCGGCGCCCGCUUCACCUUGCCCCAGGUAAAGUGCUACAUGAAACAACUACUAUCUGGAAUCGAACACUGUCACAACAAGGGUGUCCUUCACCGUGACAUCAAGAGUUCAAACCUGCUUGUCAGCGAUGAUGGGAUCCUUAAGAUAGCCGACUUUGGACUGGCUACUAAUUUUGACCCCGAUAACGCGCGGCCCAUGACUAGCCAAGUGAUCACGCUUUGGUAUCGUCCGCCUGAACUACUGUUAGGUGCCACUCACUACAGCGUUGGCGUUGAUCUUUGGAGUGUGGGCUGCGUGUUUGCGGAACUCCUUCUAGGCGAGCCAAUAUUCCCAGGAAGAACAGAGGUGGAACAACUGCACAAGGUUUUCAAGCUAUGUGGUACCCCAUCAGAAGAUUACUGGGACAAAAUGAAGUUCCCGCAUCCUACAUUCAAGCCAUAUGAACGAUGUAUAGCUCAAAAAUUUAAGGAUGUGGCGCCAUCUGCCCUAUCACUACUAGAUACUCUACUAUCUAUUGACCCAGAUAUGAGAGGCACGGCAACUGACGCUCUCAACAGUGAGUUCUUCAGGACAGAACCAUAUGCCUGUGAGCCAUCAAGCCUUCCGCAGUAUCCGCCAUGUAAAGAAAUAGAUAUCAAAAUGAAGUAUGAGAAGCACAAAAGACAAUCAAGGGCAAAUGGGUCAGUGGAACGGCAGACAAAAACAAGAAAGCCCAUGCCACAAAAUCAUGGUCGCAGAAGGGUAUUUACUCCAGAUGUCAAUAAUAAGCCAAAUGGAAAUCCAAGGAUACCAAGGCUGGUGACAAGCACAAGCACAACCAAACUCGAGAGAUUUCCUCCACCGCAUCUGGACGCAUCAAUUGGUUAUAGUAUAGAUUCCUCAGCUGACGGAAGAACCAACGAGUUCUUCACAUCAUCGGUUGUGGAGCUAAGGAGAAUGCCGAGCCUAUUAUUUGGUCACAUGAAAUCUUACCUGGGCAGUCCAAAGAACGGAAUGCACAAGGCCAAGCCAAGCCUCAAGAUGGCGCCUUCCACCGUUCUCAUAGGUGCAUUUCGGCCUUACUCGCUUGGCCAUCCAAUGGAGGUGAGAAGAAAGAAUAGGGAUCAGCUUAGAGCUAAAGGAAAAAUUGCAGUAGGUGCAGUCAAAUGACAAGCUAAUUGUGUCCCUGUUAUUCCAAUCUUUCUUUUCCUUGUUCUUUUCUUACAUUCGUCUGUUCGGGUAGCAGUUCAUCUUAGUACACGAUUGAUAGGAUAUACUUGUAUAGUUAGAGAGUAUAUAAUAAAGGAGAGUUGUGAAGACGAACUUAUGUAUAUAUGAGAAUUCACCAGUGAAAUAGAUUCGGGUGAUAUAUUAUCGUCAGGCAA